AUGCUGUUCUCAAUCUUUUUCGCUGCCAGCGCAUCACUAGCACAUGCCGCCGCUUGCGAGGCUGCAACCACAGGCGAGUUUUUGUUUACUGGUGCCAAUGAGGCCGGUGGUGAAUUUGGAGAGGCCAAUCUCCCUGGUGUGCUCGGCACCGACUACAUCUGGCCUGACACGGCCGCCAUUGAUACAUUGCUCGACACCGGCAUGAAUACCUUCCGCGUGGGCUUCCGAAUGGAGCGUGCUGUCCCAGACGAAAUGACUGGUUCUAUCAACGAGACCUACUCCAGCGGGCUCGAAGAGGUCGUCAAACAUAUUACUGGCCAGGGCGCUUAUGCUGUCCUCGAUCCCCACAACUUCGGUCGAUAUUACGAUAACAUCAUUACCGAUGUGGAUGGUUUCGGCAGCUUUUGGACGACCAUUGCCACGCGAUUCGCUGAUAAUGAGCUCGUAAUUUUUGACACCAACAAUGAGUAUCACGACAUGGAAAACUCCCUGGUAGCCCAGCUGAACCAAGCUGCCAUCGAUGCCAUCCGUGCUGCUGGCGCUACGUCACAGUACAUCUUUGUCGAGGGUAACUCGUACACCGGCGCCUGGACUUGGGUCUCCAGCGGCAACGGUGACGCUCUCAAGGGCCUAACUGAUCCUCAGAACAAGAUUGUCUAUGAGAUGCAUCAGUACCUUGAUUCGGACGGCUCCGGUACAUCGGAGACUUGCGUGAGCACUACAAUCGGUGUGGAGCGUGUCAAGGCAGCAACAGCUUGGCUCAAGGAAAAUGGUAAGCUUGGAAUAUUAGGCGAGACUGCUGGUGGUGCCAAUGACCAGUGCAAGACUGCCAUCCGUGGUGAACUGCAACAUCUCCUUGACAACUCUGAUGUGUGGACUGGGUGGCUUUGGUGGUCUGCUGGACCUUGGUGGGGAGACUACAUGUAUAGCAUGGAGCCCCCAAGCGGCACUGCUUAUACCUACUACCUAUCUGAGAUCCAGGAGUUUAUUGAGGCUUAG